AUGGAAGAAUCCCACGUAGCCCAAAAUAAGCUACUAGAGCUACUAGACGUCUUUAGAGACUAUACUAAAACGGGUAGAGUAGCAAACCAAAUUAUAGAAAAGCUGUCUACUAAGCUAGCCUACUAUUCAGCGACGCUCGCAAACGCCUCUCAGCAAGCAACAAAGACGCUUAAAUAA